AUGGCUUUAGAACUAGAGUUAUUAGUAUCUAGUUUGAUCGAGAGGCUCAUGGAGAUGCCUUUCCUUUCAGGCUUCACAACUACCAGGCCGGAAUCGGAUUCAAGUCGCGAUUCCGAACAUCCAGAUCACGAAUCUACAAACAGUCUUCAUCAUCAGGGUUCGUCACUAGACAGGAUCAUCCUGGUCAACCCGGUGACGCAAGGAAUGGUGGUGAUCAUAGGUGGCGCUAUUACUGGUUUCGAAUCCCUGAUGAACGAUCUGAUGAGGAAGGACGGCCAGCCACCGGCGCCUCAAACGUCGAUCGACGCCAUGCCGACUGUGGAGAUAAAUCGUACAGAUGAAAUAGAGAGUUGA